AUGGAUAUAACAGGUACAAGAAAAGAGGGGAUCUGGAUCCAAGUCCAGUGGCUUGGCCUUCCCGAUAGGCGAGAUUGGACUUGGCAGCCCCUAAAGGAACUGUUUGAGGACGUACCGGAUAUGGUAAGGGAGUUUCUGGACGCCACAAGAAGAAUCGUGUCGCAAGAGAGGCAAAGGCAGAAUUAG